AUGGACGCGCCUGAUCCAUCCGUGAACUUCUUUGCGCCCGAACUCUUCCAGCAAGACGACGACGCGACUCUUCCUCUCGACUCCCUACAUCCUCUAUCUCACGAUGUCGAUAUGGCCAUGCUAGAUCAAGAUGAGACCGACUUACACACUUCAGGACUACGUGGCGACCUGGUCGAUCCCGGUCUCGUCAAGCAGGAGAUGGUCGAUAGUAACUACCCUCCGCUCGACGAUGAGCCUCUACCUGUUGAUACUACUGCAACAGUAGACUUGGUCGACGGGUCUCUUCUCGGAGACGACUCCUCUCUACGCGGCUCGCCCGAACAGAGUUCAAAGAAACCCAAAGUCCCUGGCAAACCUCGAAAACCCGAUCCCAACGCGCCACCAAAGUCCCAUAUACACUCGUCGAAGAACGAAGGUCAACAUACCGAUCGUAGAUAUCUUUGCUAUCUUUGCAACAAAUUAUUCACCAGGAGACGGUCUGUACGAGAUCACAUAUCGAAAAUUCACAACACAAAGACAUGGGAACCACUGCGCAGCUUGGAAGUCAUCGUUGAGCCCAUCACCGGCGAGCCUGUUGAGCCUCUCGAAGACAUCAUUGCGCGAGGCCCGCCGCCUCCGCCUCCAAAACUGACCAAGGCACAAAAGGCAGAGAAACAAGCCAAGCGUGAAGAAGAACUGGAUGGUGAGGACGAGCCUGGAAAUGUCUCUGUCGCUGAAGAACAAGAGAAAUCCGAGGAGCGGGACGUUAGACCUGCACCCGAGCCUCAGGUUACCGAAGCAUCAACACCUCAGCCAACAAGCUCCGUCGCGACACUGAAGAAAGAGCCGUCCGUCGCGGGAUCCCGAGCGUCUUCUACCGAACCUUUCGCAACCCCAGCGCCGAUUGCGGGCAAGAAAAGACCCGCGCCAGACGACUCUGCUAAAUCUUCGGCUGCAUCCAAAAAGAAAGGGACUGCCAAAGUCAAGAGCUCGACUGCCCCAAACAAACGGUCCAAAUUGAGCGAGUCCGAGAACAGUCCACCAGCUCGAUCGGCGUAUCGAUCUCCCAGUGCGACGCCUGCUUCCACACACUUGAAACCGAUUCCUUCCAAGCUUAAGAAGCAGACAUCUGCAGCCAGUGUCAAGUCCUCUCCGACCCCUGCGUCUUCCAGAGGGGCUUCUAUCGAGGCCAGAUCUCGCUCAACCUCCGUCGCCGAUACACCGGGCAGCUCCAACGAUGAUGGAGAAAUAUUUUGCAUCUGUAGAAAAGGUGACAAUCAUACCUGGAUGAUAGCAUGCGACGGCGGCUGCGAAGAGUGGUUUCACGGCAAUUGUGUUAAUAUACGGGAGAGAGAUGGAGACCUGAUCGACAAAUACAUCUGCCCAAGAUGCGCGAAACCAGGGUUACAGACGACAUGGAAGCGCAUGUGCAGGCGGAAAGAUUGUAGGAAGCCAGCAAGAGUCAUGCAAGAUCCUCCAAGCAAAUACUGCUCCGAUGCAUGCGGACGGAUGUUCUUCGUCGAACUUGUCCAGCGUGGCGACCCCAACGUGCAGACUAGCAGGGACGGACAGUAUAUUGUCGAGUCCCAAAAACCCAAGAAGUUGCGCAAAAAGGCCAAAAAGACCGAAGGCCGAAGUAAGGCGGCGAGGUCACUCAAUAACGUCAAUGGGGAUGUGGGCACUCCAAUCAACAACGAAAGUCGACUGGCGACACCUGCAUACAGCGACGAGGAGAAGACCGAGUACGAGACCGACAGCAGCAUGGACGACGACAUGUUGCCCAACCGCGGCUCGACGCUUCGCGCAGGUGAGGUCAAGGCGCUGCUGGAAAAGUGCAAAGACAUUGAAGAGUGGCGUGCGCUGGGACGAAAGCCAGAGACGCCUCCACGAGACGUCGACAUGCCUGACGCGGAAGCCGUGCGCGUGCGAUUGGAAUUGGAGUUUGACGAGCUCGAGAGUGCAAAGAUGGCCAGUAUCCAAGAGGAGAAGCGCAGACUCAAGGAGCGCAACGACAUACUCGGCGCGAGGGAAUUGUUACUCGAGCUGGUCAAGGUCAGAUCGGGUAGCAUCACGGACGAAGUCAAGAAGUCCCAUCCCAAGAUGAAGGACGUGUGCGGUUUCGACCCGCGCAUGGCCUGGUCGGACGAGGAAUUUGCGAAUUGGUACCUGCAGCGCGGAGGCAAGGAGAUCUUGGACCAGGGGAUCGAAAAGGCCAAGAUCGGACCCCCGGAAGACAUGAGGGUGGCGAAUGGUGUCGGGGAGCACGGAAAACCAACGGGCAAUGAUGAUCGUGCGGUCGAGGAUGAAGGUGAAGGUGGCAGCAACGACGGUACCGAUGAGGACGACGCGAUGCCGAAAAAGGGCGGCGUGUGUGUCAGGAAUCGCUGUCCUCGUCACCGCAAUUGGGCUAAGAGCCAACUUGCGGAAUUGAGGUUCGAGCAAGAUCUGGUGAGGCGCCAGCUGGGGGGGUGUGAGGCCCAGGAACACAAAAUGAGGGAGAGGGCCACUGUCAGAGCUUGGGAGAAGAGAGCCUUGCCUACGUAG